CAGGACUCCAGCUGCUUCCCCAGAAGGGUAUCGCGAAGUGAUCAUGAUACAAAUCGGCAGCCGCUGCGGCUCCCAAUGACGCGCGGUGCUGACGUGUCGCGGCGCUGACGUGUCGGCGGGGGGGUUAGCUGCAGCAGAAUUAUGUCAGGUUCCUUUGUGGUGUUUACAUGGAUUUGCAUUGGUGCUGGAGCCAUCCGGAAUGACGACGAGAAGCCGACGCCGCACCUGCGGCCGUCGAAUGCGCUGUUCGACCAAAGCGGCAGCCCAAAGCCAGCAUGGUUGGAGGAGGGCUGGAACUUCAGCUCCUCAACACCUAUUUGUGGCCACGUGACCAACUUCGAAUUCGAGGGCCUCAAGCUGCAUUGUGAGAACUACCUGAAGAAGAUCCGAGAUGUGUUUGAGGUGCCCACCCCCCAAGAGAUCCUGGAGACGAAUCACAUCGACCUUUCCGCUGCCGAGGAAGGAACGGGGCGAAGUGGAGCGAAGAUGCUCUUCAGCAAGGACAAGAAGUUCAUCAUCAAAACGAUGUCAGCUCGCGACCUGGGUGCCUUCAUCAAAGUUGUGGAGAAGUACACCGCGCACCUGGUGUCCCAUGCCAGUGAGUCUGCGAUGAUGAGGUACUAUGCCAUCUUAGAGGACGAAGGGGGUGGUUUCUGGCUCAUCGCCAACAACUGGCUUCCAGUGAAAUUCCCCGUGGUUUGGGACUUGAAGGGCUCGAUGGUGGGGCGCAAGAAUGGCGACACCGAGAGUGAUCAAAAGGACCAGGAUUGGCUGAACCAAAACAAAGCGUUGGCCUUGCCCCCGGACCAACGUGCGGUGGCCCUCCAGACUCUGGAGAGCGAUAGCCUCUUGCUCUCACGCGCGAAUCUGAUUGACUAUUCGUUGAUUGUGGGGCUUUUGGUGUACCAACUUGAUGCGUGCAAUGGACCCAACCAGCCUUCGUGCAUUGCGCCCGUGUGCCAUCCCGAUGGUGGCUGUGGAGAGGCAGCGUACACCUUGGGCGAUUACUUCACCGAGGUUAAGGACUUCUACUGCACGGAGUCUUCGCUGAAAGAGAGACAACUUGGACACACCUGCAUGGGUGGCUUCACAAGCAGCUUGAAGGUCUACUUCCAGUGCUUUGGAAUCAUCGACCUCCUUAAGCCCUUCGACGUUAAGAGCCGCGCGGAGUAUACUGUGAAGGCCGGCUGGGGACGCAAGAUCUCGGCGCAGCCCGCGGACAGCUAUGCUGAGCGAUUCUUUCAGUUCAUGUACGAGAAGGUCUUCCCCGAAACCUUGUCGCGGUCCACAGCGCCACUGGUGCUCUCGCAUGAGACGUGCCGCAACUGGGGCAGCAAAGUGCACUCCGAAGGGCCUAAUGUCCUCAUGAUCACACUCGUCGCGCUGGGCGUGGGUCUUCUGGGUGGCGGAGCCUUCGCCUGGUGGUACUUUCGGUCACGCAAAGCGUCGUCGCCGCCGACGGUGGGUGGCGACUCGCUUCAUGCCUAUCAACCAGACACCUAUCACGCGUACAACCCCCAGGUCGGUCCCAACGGCGCGUGGGCAUAUGGCAGCGGUGCCACUGCAGUGCCUGGCACGUAUGGAGCUGACUAUGGCAGUGCCUACGGUGGAGCCUACCCUACGCAAGGCAUGCAGGGCAUGCAGGGCGCAGCGGGCUCAGGUGCCACGGGUGGCUAUUGAGGUCCAAAAAGCGCGCCGAAACGAGGCGAAGCGGGGCGUUUCGCCAUUCGGAUCUGCUAGAGAUUGGAUUGAUCGUCCGAAUGGAG